AUGAUCAAGGUCGUUUACAGUGAACUGGUUUAACUUCAUUACAGUGAACAGUAGCAGCAAGACUUGAGAACUCAGGGUUGGAGUUAAAACAAUGGAUGUGGUGACUUACUCUCAGUUGAAAAACAUGCUGUCAAAGCAUGACAUUCAACUUUUUGACGUGAGGAACCCAGAUGAAUACCAGGCUGGUAACAUUCCACAGGCCGUCAACAUCCCACUGGACACCCUAAAGGAUUCUCUAAAACUGGACCCUGAGCUCUUUGAGCAGAAGUUUAAAGUGAGAGCUCCUGGGAAAGACGACGACAACAUAGUGUUUCAUUGUAGAAGUGGUAACAGGAGCUUCACAGCGCUGAGCAUUGCCCAUCAGCAGGGAUUCAGCAGGGCUAGACACUAUAAAGGAGGAUAUUCUGACUGGGUCAAGCAACAAGGAAAAUGAAUCCAGGCUGAAAUCUGCUACGUUCUUCCAUAUCAUUGUUAUUUUGAAGCUAAUGCAGAAAUCCAAAAUAUACUGACUGUAUUCUUAGGCAGCUUGUUCAUACAUACAUUAUAUGUUUUUGGGCUGUUACAAGUUACAUUUAAAACCUGUCUGUUCCUUAUUACUUAUAUCAAAAUGCCUUUUCAGUGUCCUUUACAUGCUGAGUAAAACAUAGGAUGUAUUACAAACUGGUUAAUAUGGUACUGUUCCCUGUUAGUAAAAAUAUUUUAGAAAAAUAAACAUCUCUUUUGUGUU